AUUUCAAUUGGUGAAUUUUGAGAAAUUCUAAAAAUUCUCUAAAUUGCAGAGUGAGGGUAAACCAUUGAUUUAUUUCAGGAUCUGUAUUUCUAUAACUGUAACACGUAAUUUUAUAAAAUAUUAGAUUUAUACUAAAAAUAUUGCAAACGUUUUAAUACCAUCUUAGUUUUUCGUUAAAUUAUAUUAUAAAUUUCAAUGUGCAAAUUUGAAAUGGUGUAAAAGUUUAUCUACAUAAACAAUUGGUAGCACUGAUUGGAACCAGUGCAAUACAGCGACCUGUAUUGCAAAGGCAUUUUUAUCGUAUGAAUUACUGCUCUUGUGAUUGAGAGUUAUUAUUGUGAGUGUAAUUUGAGGGAUUUAAAAUAUUUUCUACAAGUUCUUUUAUGUUUAUUCAAUUUAAGGAUUUGUACAGGAAUUGUGAUUUUCUUCAUUUUACAGUCAUUUUAUAUUAAUAUACAGGUUUUUAUACGAUGGUUGCCCACACUGUGCUUCUUGACUUUACAGUACCAUCAAAUGUAAUAGUAGAUGUGGAGAAACGAUCCAAUCUAAAAAUAGCAAUUGCUAAUGUCCUUCAAGAACACUUUGAUAGUCUAAAGCCAUUAACUGAAUCAAGCAUUGAUGGAAGCUUUUUAGUUUUAUAUACAGGUCCCAAAGGUAGUCUAAUUACAGUUCGAGGAUAUACUGAAGGCUUAAUCACUGUUAACAUUGAAUAUUAUAAGAGAGAUGAAGAAGAAGCACUUUUGGAUUUUGAGUUGGCCAGAGAAUUGGAGACGGCGUUGCAGGCGGCAGUAGCCUCUACGCGUUCGCACUCGCUUACACCGAUUAAACGCGGCGGACCUUUUGAGAGAUACUUUCCUACCGCCGAUGACAGACUACUUGAAUAUGACAUUGACAAGCUGGUUUUUGAAGCACGUUCUCCCUAUCAAAAAGUGCAAAUUGUUCAUUCAAAAUCACUGGGAAAUCUAUUGGUUCUUGAUGAAUUACAAAAUAUAUCUGAAGCAGAUCUGAUAUAUACAGAAACUUUGAUGCAACGUGGUAAAGAAAAUUACACAGGGAAAGAAAUAGUUAUUUUAGGAGGAGGAGAUGGUGGUUUACUUUGGGAAUUGCUUAAGGAGAAACCAAAAUUCGUAACCAUGCUAGAAAUUGACGAUGUUGUAAUAAAAGCCUGCAGUCAACACAUGAGAAGCAUAUGUGGAAACUGUUUGGAUAAAAGAAAGGGAGAGAAUUAUGAGAUUAUUGUUGGAGAUUGUGUAAAAACUUUAGCACACAUGAUUGAAGAAGGCAGACAAUUUGAUUACGUUUUCGGUGAUCUCACAGACAUACCAAUUAGCCCAACCCCACAUGGGGAUGCAUGGGAUUUUAUUAGACUGAUCUUAAACUCUUCAAUGAAAGUUCUAAAGUCUACAGGAAAAUUUAUGACUCAUGGAAAUGGUGCAUCUUGUCCAGAAUCACUAGAAAUGUAUGAACAAGUUCUUUCACAGCUUUGUGUACCCAUAGCUUUUACCAAAGAUAGUGCUUUUGUACCCUCUUUCUUCGAAGAUUGGGUCUUCUAUCAAGUAUCGUUAAAAUGAUGGAUUAAACCUAUUGUAUUGAAGUUUCAAGUGAAGUAUUUUUACAAUCCAUUUUCUCUCUUAUGACCCAAAUUCGACCCUAGUCGCAAAUCUUCUGUUAACAAAUCGGUUCCUGAAAGAGAUGAUCCUGAUGCUGGACAUGAAAUCCCAAUUGACACUACUACGCUGGCGUCUGUACAUACAAAAGGUGGUGGUUAUCUGUAUUUAUUUGUUUGUUUAGUAAUUAAUAAACUAUACAACGGUG